CUUCCACACCUGCACUGAAGCAUACGGCAGCUCUACAACCUCGUGUUCCUUUCACCACACCACCUCUCAGACUCGUUAUUACUACGCAGCUUACAUAAGCUUCCUCUGCACCAGACUCGCUAUUCACCCCACUAGACACUCGGUCGUUGCACCUCACUCCAUCGCUACCCGCAGACAUGGCCGACGACGCCACUGCUUCCACCGAGGAGGGCCAGGUCACGUUCAACGUCAAGGCUGCGAACGACCAGAAGCAUGUCCUCACACUGCCCUCCACCACCACAGUCGCCGACCUCAAGCAGAAGCUGUCGUCACCAGACUACGCGGACAUCCCCGCCGAGCGCCAACGCCUGAUCUACUCUGGCCGCGUGCUAAAGGAUCCGGAUACACUUGGCGGCGUCAAGGUCAAGGACGGCCACACAAUCCAUCUGGUCAAAGGCGCCGCGAGCAAUGCACGACAGAAUCCGGCAAACCAAGGCACAGCGAGCACAGCCGGUGGCACAGGUACACCAACGCCCCAGGUACCCACAAACAUCGCCGCAGGCACAGGGAAUAACCCUCUCGCCGGCCUGACGGGUGCGCGCUACGCCGGCUUCCACGGACUGCCUUCGAUGGACACGUUCGGCGCCGACGGAGGGAUGGGCCCACCCCCGAACCCAGAAGCCAUGCUUGAGAUGAUGGACAACCCCAUGUUCCUGUCGCAGAUGAACGAGGCUAUGAACAACCCUGCUGUCGUCGACAUGAUGAUGCAAAGCCCUAUGAUCCGCGACAACCCAAUGCUGCAGCAGAUGCUCCGCAACCCCGAGAUGCGCCGAAUGAUGUUCAGCCCUGAGAUGAUGCGCAUGCAGCUCCAGAUGCAGCGCGGCAUGGAGGGAAAUGGCAGCGGUGGCGCCAUGGCUGCCCCGGGGACCACAGACAACACCCCACAGCCGGCAUCGACAACAGCACGCGAAGGCGCGAGCGCGACACCGCCCCCUUCGACCACUGCAGCCGCCGCGAAUCCUUUUGCAGCGUUCGGCGGCGCUGGCGCCGGCACGAACGCCAACCCAUUCGCCAGCCUUUUUACAGGGGGCGCAAACCCGUUCGCGCCGCAGACACAGGGCCAGGGAGCAGCAGGCACACCUGGUACAGAUUCUACACAGAACAACCAGAACGCUUCCACAGCGCCUCCGAACCCCUUCGGAAACUUGUUUGGCGGAGCUGAUGGCGGCCAGCCCAACCCGAUUGCAGAUGCAGCGCGCAACAUCAUGCAGAACCCGCAGGCGAUGCAGCAGAUGAUGCAGAUGAUGGGUGGGGGUGCCGCCGGUGCUGGCGCCAACCCCUUCGGCGCCUUUGGACAGACGCCUAGUGCCGGUGCUGGGGCUGGAGACGUUGGCUCGCAACAGGCCAACCCCUUUGCCGCGCUCUUCGGCCCCGGAAGUGGCUUUGGCGGUGGUUUUGGUGGACCACCUGCACCUGCAGACAACCGACCACCAGAGGAGGUUUACGAGUCUCAACUCAGGCAACUAAACGAGAUGGGUUUCUACGAAUUCGACCGCAACGUCUCCGCCCUGCGCAGGAGUGGAGGCAACGUCCAGGGUGCUAUCGAGUACCUGCUCAACGGCGGAUCGUAGAUUGGCCCCGUACUGGAUCGGAUGCGCCUCGAGCAGCAGCCAGUGACCGCAUCCGGUACAGAACUGCAAUACAACGAAGGGACCCCAUUCUCUAGGCAACUUGGGAUCGUCGGUCAAGUCAUUGACCAACACCGUUCGAUUCCUGAUUUGGCACAACGACUGGGCGUCGAGGAACAGCAAGCACGAUACCCAUAGGAGGACUUUGGCGACGACAUUGACGGCAUUGUUGACACGUACGGCGAUGAUGAGGAGGAGUGGGUUUCCCAAGAGACUGAUUGUGGCGAGGGGGGAUAUUACCUCGACAGCGUCUACUACGUCUACUCCAAGCCAGCAGACCGUUAUCGUUAGAGUAGUAGGCAUGCAGGGAUUGGCAUAGCGUAACAUAUCAUGGAACGAUUCUGUACACUCAACGAUACACGUAAUAGACUUGAGAUUCGAAACAUUUUGAUUGAACCCCAG